AUGAAUAACGAAGAUUACGGUUACGAUUAUGAUUAUCUAUUUAAGAUUGUUUUGAUUGGUGAUUCUGGUGUUGGUAAAUCUAAUUUACUUUCGCGUUUUACUACUAAUGAAUUCAACAUUGAAUCCAAAUCAACUAUUGGGGUAGAGUUUGCUACAAGAACUAUUGAAGUUGAAGGAAAGAAGAUUAAAGCACAAAUUUGGGAUACUGCUGGUCAAGAGCGUUACCGUGCAAUUACUUCUGCUUAUUAUAGAGGUGCCGUUGGUGCAUUGAUUGUUUACGAUAUAAGUAAGUCUAGUACUUAUGAAAAUUGUAAUCAUUGGUUAACAGAAUUAAGAGAAAAUGCAGACGAUAACGUAGCGGUUGGUUUAAUCGGUAACAAAUCUGAUUUAUCUCAUUUACGUGCUGUUCCAACUGAUGAAGCUAAGAAUUUUGCAUCUGAAAACCAAUUGUUAUUCACCGAAACCAGUGCUUUGAACAGUGAAAAUGUUGACCAAGCAUUCCGAGAAUUGAUUACUGCCAUAUAUCAAAUGGUCAGUAAACAUCAAGUAGACAUGGGUGAUAAUAAUGGUGGUGCAAAUGGUGCUAAUGCACCAAAGGGUCCGACUAUUAGUUUGACACCUACUCCAAAUGAAAAGAAGAAGAGUAGUUCGAACAACUGUUGUUAA